CGAUCAGUGAUCUAGGUAUUUUUAUUUAUUGUAGUUAUUUAUUUAUGCAUGUUUUCAUUUAUGAAGUCAUAAGUGAUCUAGGUUUUCUAUUUCAAAGUGUAUUUAAACUUAUAACCUCAAAACACAGUGAGUUCCUCACAGAAAUAUACUUUCAUCGCUUUUUAGUUCUUUUUAUCAAAGCCCAGUUCGCCCACUUUGUCUUGUUAUCUAGUCACACUGUUUGUGUUAAACACCAGUAUAACGCUGUUGGUAGUAUAUGGAGAUGGCUGGCAGGUUUUUCUUUACUGGUUUGUCCUUUUUUAGUACAUUGACGAAAUUAAAGCUGUUGGCACAAAAAUAUGACAUUUCCUCAGAGGAUGAAACUAAUUUUUCUGAUGUAGAUGAUAAUAAUAUUUGAAUAUGGUUAUUUAAUUAUUAUUUGCAUAAGGUAAAUUGCCGACUUAUACAUCUGGAAUUUUUUAACAAUAAUGUUUAAAUUGACAUUUAAGAGACUCAAACCUGUUGCUGCAUUAUUUUCCUAAUGAAGUUUAAGCCAUUACCAGCUGUGCAUAGCCCUGGUGUGGUUCACUCCCCCAUCACAUGUUGUAGAUGAAGGGUUUCCCCCUGGAAUUUUUCUUAGCUGAAGUCGUACUGUAAUCCACCCAGAUCCCUAUGAAUCACAGCUUUCAGUCAAUUUAAACCAUAGCCACACACGAGGUGGGAAGUAACUUUUACCAGGCACUGUACCACAUACAGUUUUGAGGUACUUGUACUUUACUUCGAUAAAUCCAUUUCAUGCUUCUGUAUUUCAGAGGGAAAUAUUGUACUGUGUACUCCACUACAUUUGUCUAACAGUUGUACUUUCUAGUUACUUUUCAGACGAAGAUUAAAAAAAAAACAAAUGACAAGCUUAUAAAAACCUUGUUAUGUUUCAUGUUUGUGAGUUGUUAGCUCAUAGACAUAUGCGCUCAGUUUUACCAAGAAGAAACAUUUACCCUCCGAAGAAUGGUUUCAUUUAAAUAACAGUUUGAGUCCCACAGAGGUCACAGUCUACAAUAUUUCACAUAAGAAAAACAAAGAUUAGGGAAAAGUAAAAAAAAAAAAAAAAAAAUCAUCUCCAAAUACUCAUCUGACAACUUCCCAUUUAUCUUCAGAGCCUUUGUAGGUCUUAAGUCUCAGGUGUGUUAAAACUAGCUCCACCUCAAACGGCCACAACAAUAAACUGUUACUUAUACAUUGAUGCAUCAGUAUUAACAGUCUAAUGAUGUUGUAUACCUGUAUAAUAAUAGCAAGAUCACUUCUGGAUGAUAUUUAUUCUAAAUAACAAAUACUUUAUUAACUAUAUUUAUUUGACAAUAAUUCUGUACUUUUUCUUAGCAGGACUAACAUAGUAUUUUUGUAUUGUUGUUUUAUUACUUUAUUACUACACAUAGAAAUAGCACCUCUGCUUGUUUUUCCUGUAAGUUUGAUGUUUAAUUUUAUAAGAGUGUAUUAAUAUUCAGGGAUUUAAAUGGAUGUAGUCUUCACUCUGUCAUUUGACAGGGUGAUUGCCGCAGAGGAUAAUGGAGAGAGCCAAUCACAUCAACAUUGCAAUGAUCGAAGAUAUCGGCACCAACGGGAUGGCCAGGUCAAAGGUCAUCACAGCCACGGACCAGAACAAGCAGCCCUGCGGAUCCACUGUGAGCUUCCACAACAUCCAGUACAAAGUGCAGCUGAAGAGUGGCUUCUUCUGCAAAAGGAAAACCAGUCCCAAGGAGAUACUGGUGGACCUCAAUGGUAUAAUGAGACCUGGCCUGAACGCUAUUCUUGGACCUACUGGAAGUGGAAAAUCUUCAUUCUUGGAUAUUCUGGCUGCGAGGAAGGAUCCUUCAGGACUCUCAGGAGAAGUACUCAUUGAUGGAGCACCACAGCCUCCAAACUUCAAAUGCCUCUCUGGUUAUGUGGUUCAGGAAGAUGUGGUCAUGGGCACCCUGACUGUGAGGGAGAAUCUGCGUUUUUCUGCAGCUCUGCGGCUCCCCAGCUCUGUGCCUCAGAGUGAGAAGGAGGCUCGAGUCAAUCACCUAAUCAAAGAACUGGGUCUCACAAAAGUGGCUGACUCCAAGGUCGGCACACAGAUGACCCGGGGAAUCUCAGGAGGAGAGAGGAAGAGGACAAACAUCGGGAUGGAGCUGAUUAUUGAUCCCUCAGUUCUCUUCCUGGAUGAACCAACCACAGGGCUGGAUGCUAGCACUGCCAACUCUGUCUUACUGUUGCUGAAAAGAAUGGCCAGUCAUGGAAGAACCAUAAUCAUGUCUAUCCACCAACCUCGCUACUCAAUCUACAGACUGUUUGACACGCUAACCUUGCUGGUUAGUGGCAAAAUGGUGUACCAUGGACCAGCGCCAAAUGCUUUGGACUACUUUGCUAACAUUGGCUAUCCCUGUGAGCCCCACAACAACCCAGCUGACUUCUUCCUGGAUGUUAUUAAUGGAGACUUCACUGGCACAACCAUCACCAAAGUGCACGGCUCUGAAGAUUUGGACUUUGAGGAGCUCAGCAGCUCUAGGCAGAGCAUCGAGGAGCGGCUGAUAGAGGAGUACAGGAACUGCAGCUAUUCCGGCGACACACGAGCCGAGCUGGACCGCAUCGUCCAGGAUAAGGAGUGUAUCUCACGUCCAAAAUCCCGCACCAUCACCUACAACAGCUCCUUCUUCCACCAGCUACGUUGGGUGCUACAAAGAACCUUCCAGAACCUCAUGUUAAACCCACAAACAUCUGUUGCCCAGCUGGGAGUCAACAUUUUUCUCGCCCUCAUCGUAGGAGCCAUUUUCUUCAGAGUCAAAGAUGAUCAGAGUGGUAUCCAAAACAGGAUGGGCGCCCUCUUCUUCAUCACCACCAACCAGUGUUUCAGCACUGUGUCUGCAGCUGAGCUCUUCAUCAUUGAGAGGAAACUGUUUGUGCAUGAGUACAUCAGUGGCUACUACAGAGUGUCUGUCUACUUCCUCUCAAAGAUCCUGUCUGAUGUCGCUCUGCGCACCAUCACCUCUGUUAUCUUCAGCUGCAUUGUCUAUUUCAUGAUCGGGCUCAAAUCCACAGUAGCAGCUUUCUUCAUCUUCACGCUGACAGUGACUCUGGUGGCCUACACAGCCACAGCCAUGACCAUGGCCAUCUCAGCUGACCAGAGCGUCGUGGCUCUGGCCAACAUCUUCAUGACCAUCACCUUUGUCUUCAUGAUGAUUUUCUCAGGUCUCCUGGUGAACCUACCCAGCAUCACAGAUUGGCUGGCUUGGCUGAAGUACUUCAGUAUUCCUCGCUAUGGUCUCGCAGCCUUGAAGAUCAACGAGUUUGUGGGUUUGAAGUUCUGUGAGGAGGUUGUGAACAGAAACGCCAACAUGUCGGUAUUAAUGACCAACUGCAGUGUGAGCGCAGCUGUGACAUGUACAGGAGAGCAGUACCUGGACUACCUGGGAAUAGAGUACACCCCCUGGGGACUGUGGGAGAACCACGUGGCUUUGACUGUCAUGUCCGUCAUAUUCCUCAUCAUCGCCUACCUGAAACUCCGCAACAUCAAGAAGUUCACUUAAAUGUUUAAUUCUGAAUUCUUCUUUUUUUCUUUUUUUUUUUUGUCUUUGUGGAAGCCGGUCAGUAGAUGUUCACAAAAAUAUCAUUGAUGGAUAAGUUUGACAUUUUGGGAGUAACAUUUGCUUUUUGCAUAGAGUUAGAUGGUAUAACACUCUCCUGUCUGCGCAUUAAUGUACUAGGAUUAGCUUAGCUCACUAAUUAAAAUGUCACAUCUUGUUUAACUAAUACACAAACAGAAAUGUAAAAAUGACCAAAACAGAAAAAAAAAUGGCUACUAAGUUACUAUACUAUACUUUUAUGGCAGUUGUACAGGUUUGAGGCUGUGAUUGGACGGCUAGGUGUCAGUCAUAUCAGGCAACACUGGAAGUCACCGUGUCUGACUGUCGUUCACCAAGAAAUACUUCCAGCAGGUUCCCACCGUGUAGCUAGCUAAAUGCUAAAUGCUGCUAAAUGUUCCACUGUCUUCACCAGCUUGUCGUUAUUGUGUUUGGUGCUGAGCAGGUCAGGUACAGUUAGUUUCAGAGUUUUUCCACUGAAAACAAAACAACAAGUAUUUGAAUUUGAUCCGUUAUUAAUAUAAAAACUUUGAUUAGAGAGUUUGUUAGUUUCCCUAAUUACUAUUUGUAGUUCUCAGUAGUUCUCUGCGUUUUGUGGAAAUACAUAUUUUCAGAAAUGUAACUUGAUCUAGUUUAGAAUAGCUUUAAUGCGCAUAUAUGGGAUAACCGAUCUUUU